GAUCAAUCCCUCGUCUGGGGAUCAGAAUGGGUCUUGAGUGUCACGCUCAGUGACAUCUGUGUAGGCUACACAUCAUCUACAUUGCGAGGGAGUGAUAGGCGCGAUACAAAACACUCAUUGGACACCAAGCGACCAAUCAGUGUCAGAGAAACGGGCUCGAAAGUGGAACUACUGCGCCGGGAUCUCAGAGUUGGGAGAACGAAGGUUGGCACUUGAAGAAGAGGACGGACCACUUAAACAGACACUGAUAGCGCGGCACAACCCUCUCGUUCCUCUCUCCCUGUUCCCUCUCGCUCUCGUCUUUUCGCUCAUAUCGUCGUUUCUAUAACGUACACUGAACCGAGGUAAAAAGAAAAAACAAAACAAGCUCAGGGAUGUAUACGGCUGGGCUGAAUCCGUUUUACGCAUCUAAUUUUAGUCUAUGGUCCGCUUAUUGUGCGGGCGGGUUCGCCCUGGAUACGAUGAAGAAGCCCUCGUUUUGCAUCGCAGACAUCUUGCAGGCCGGGCAGGACCCGGAGGGCAUCCCGGGGUCCUCGGCCCUCAUGGUGCACAUGGGACACCGCGCGGCACAGCAGCAGCAGCAGCAGUCCGGCGCCUCGCCGCUGCGCCCCUCUCCCGUGGCGCCCGACUCGUCCAUGUUUGGCGCGCGGGUCAACGCGGCGUCGCAGUACCACAGACACGGACUACAGUUGACCUCCGUCUCGAGGACCUUUAACCACCAUCACGCCCCGCCGCCCUCGAGCAAAGACCUCAAAUUUGGAAUUGAUCGGAUAUUGUCGACGGACUUUGACCCAAAACACAAAGAGCCCACGUCGUUAAGAGAUCUGACAUCUAUUGUUAGCUCAAACCGUCAGUCAGGGAUCCACCACGUCUCCGUUCAGCCUGCGCCGGGCCAGUACUUCUCGUCCCUAGACCCCGGGAUGAACGACGCGUCCUCCAUGAUGAGUUCACUAGGCGGCAGGCAAUCAGGCAACCCGCAUCAGUUUCAGGACACCUUCCCAGGUCCAUAUGCGGUCCUCACAAAAGACACGAUGCCCCAGACGUACAAGCGGAAACGCUCGUGGUCAAGGGCGGUGUUCUCGAACUUGCAGCGAAAGGGACUGGAGAAGAGGUUUGAGAUACAGAAGUACGUCACCAAGCCGGACAGGAAGCAACUGGCCGCGAUGCUGGGCCUGACAGACGCACAGGUCAAGGUGUGGUUCCAGAACCGACGCAUGAAGUGGAGGCACUCCAAAGAGGCCCAGGCGCAGAAGGACAAGGAGAAGGAGCAGACAGACAAGUCGCCCGCGGAGGAGGCCGAGACCAAAGAGCCCGAGGAGUCCGAGUGCGACAGCGAGGCGAGCGAGUCCGAGUUCGAGGAAGGGGAUAAGAGCGACGUGGACAUUUGUGAGCGCAACCAAACGAGCGUGAUUACCGCCGGCAGCGGGCCCGUGAUCAGCGCCGGCAACGGGACCGUGAUCAGCCCCUGCAGCGGGCCCGUGAGUACCGUGGAGAUGGCGCCGGUGGGGGCCGCUGCUGCAGAGACAGGGGCGACACAGAUGUUAAUAUGAAGGAACUAUGUCGUAAUGAGUGUUUGCUUUGUGGACAUUCUCUUGUGUACAUUUGUAUAGGCACAUUUUUGAUGGACAAUUAGAAUUGUUUCGAGACUCAUCUGGGGAGAACCGCCGUAAAACCAGGUUUUUUUUUUAUUGCAAUGAUAUUUUCUCUAUGAUCCUUGACGUGCAUGAUUGUUUUUCCUUUUUUGAGGGGAAAAUAGGACGGUUGUGAAUUUUGUUCGUUUGGAAAACACUUGUUUCACCUUCUUAAAUGUCAGAACAUCACGAGUGUUCAUGCAUAGUGUCUCGACUUGUGUAAGGCCUGCAUAUAUUUUGGUAAUAAUUUGCACUGAAAUAAUGUAAAUAAAAUAUUUCUUACUUUAAA